UUACCCAGCUUGGAAACAUCUUCUUGCUUCCAGAAUUUAACAAUCCUUGUUAUGGAUGGCUUCAAUCAUGUACAAUAUCUUUUCCCAUCUUCUAUGCUGAAAAGUCUUUUCAAACUAAGGGAGCUUGAGAUAUCUAAUUGUAUGUUCAUGGAAAGAGUAAUAGAUGAAGAUGAAGGGAGAACAAGAACAAUGUUGUUUCCUAAAUUAUAUCAACUGAAGCUUAGAGAUCUUCCAAAACUCACAGCAUUCUGCAACUCUACAGCAAAUUCUGUUGAAAUGUCUUCCUUAUUCAGACUUUGGAUUGAUAAUUGCCCUGGUAUUCAAACAUUCAUCUCCAGUUAUGUAUGUGGUGACAUCACAUUAUCAAGCAAAGAACCUGAAGGAAUGAGUGCAAAGGAGAACUCUACUCACAUGCAAUCUCUUUUUGAUGAAAAGGUAAGAUUGCCUAGUUUGGAGAGAUUACAAAUCAGUCAUGCUGAUCAGCUAGUAAAAUUAUGGAACAAUCAGGUCUCUGUGGAUUCCUUCAAAAAAUUAAAUCGCUUGUUUGUACGAUUUUGUAAAAAUCUUGCAAGUGUUUUUCCAUCUAACAUGCUUGGGAAGCACCAGAAACUAGAGAUAUUGGAAGUACAAAAUUGUGAUUCAGUUGAAGAGAUUUUUGAAGUUCUGGAGAAAAGGUCCAGUAUGAUGGAGGAAGUUGUUGCCAAGGGGGAAGAAGUCCCCAGGUUUGUAUUCUCUAAAUUAACCAAGCUGUAUCUAGAGAUGCUGCCAAGUCUCAAAAGUUUCUACGCAGAUAUGCAUAUUUCAGAAUGGCCAAAUUUGAAAGUGUUGAAGGUAUAUGGUUGUAAUAAUGUGGAGGUCCUUGCUUCAGAAGUAUUGAGCAUCAGAGGGAGUCAUGGAGACAGUCAACAGCCACUGUUCUUUGUUUACAAGGAUGCAUUGCCUAGCUUGGAAAAACUAGAUUUAUGUGAAAUGCCCAGGUUAAAGCAUCUGUGGAGAGGAAAUUUUCAGCCUUGCAAUGCUUUUCAAAAUCUCGAGACUCUAAAAAUAUCAGAAUGUGACAGUUUAGAAAAUUCAUGGUCCUCAUCAGUGUCUUUCCAGAAUUUGGCAACUCUGCAUAUUUCAAAUUGUAAUGGAUUGAGAUAUUUACUGACCCCCUCAAAAACUAAAACUUUGGGUCAACUUACAAGAGUGAAUGUAUCUGAUUGCAAAAGGAUGGAGGAAAUUGUGACACAUUUGGGAGAUGAAGUAAUGGAGAAUUCAAUUGUUUUCAACAACUUGGAUUGUUUGGAACUUCACUGCUUGUCCAGCCUUAAAAGCUUCUGUUGUGGGGAUUAUUCUCUUGAAUUCUCAUGCUUGAAAAAAGUAAUUGUCAGGCAAUGCUUGGAGAUGGAGACUUUUUGUCAUGGAGUUUUAAGCACACCAAAGCUCGAAAGACUACAGUGGACAGAAGGAGAGGAUGAAGUAGAAGAAUAUUGGGAAGGCAACCUUAAUUCCACCAUACAAUAUUUGUACAAAAAUACGAAAGUGUGGAGCUCCAAAGAAAAUUGAGGUCAUUCCUAUAAAUAGUUUGCGAUAGACCAUGGCUUCAUUUCCUCCAGUUGAAGAGAGACUUUGUUUCUGCCAUCUUAACUGAUUUGAUCCUCACAUUUUGUUGAAUGUGGAGUGCCCUCUGUUUACACAUUUUAUCCAGUUGAAGGUAGGCCUUGGAAUGCUGAGUAUAAGAUUUUUGGUUUUUACUUUAAUGCUCUGCUUUACUUGAUUCUGUUUCGUUAAUUUUGCCAGGUUUAUAUCAUAUUUUAUAAUUGAAACUUGUACAUUUUUAGAUCUCUUAAGGGAGUCCAAGUAGAAAGAUAAUGUGACAAUAUCUGAUAUAAUA